AUGUGCGGAUGCACCGCUCGUUCCCUACUUACAAUACUGAAUGGAAUUCAAAUAUCUGGUACCAUUUCAAUAGGUUGUGGGUUGGUUUGGGCUCACACUGGUGAAAAGCCAUACAAGUGUGAUGAGUGCAGCAAACUGUUCGCUUCAUUUCCAAAUCUUAAGAGGCACAUGCGCACCCACACGGGGGAGAAACCGUACAAGUGUGAGGAGUGCAGCAAGCAGUUUAGUUACCUGAGUGAUCUGAAGAGCCACAUGCGCAUGCACACCGGUGAGAGACCGUACAAAUGCGAAGCAUGCAGCAAGCAAUUCCGUGAGCUGGGUCAUCUCAAAAACCACAUGCGGACCCACACUGGUGAGAAACCGUACAGGUGUGAGGAGUGCAGCAAGCUGUUCAGCGACCCGAGUCAUCUAAAAAGACACAUCCGGACACACACUGGUUCGAAACCGUACAGGUGUGAUGAGUACGGCAGGUAGUUUUCCGGGCUGUGAAGUCUAAAAACGCGCAUGAGUUUUCACACAGGUGAGAAACUGUACGUGUGCACAUGUAAAAGCUACAAAAAAGUUUCUCUGGCGCCUAUCUGGAGAGUCACAUGUGGAUUCACACCUGGACAUGUGCGAACACGUGCGAACUCAAGUUGGUGGAACGUGGAAACCUAUCAAUGCCUGAUGGUCCUACAUACAUGUGGAAAGUCAUGCAGUGACAACUAAAGUCACAUUUCUUCAGCAUUGUAAAAUAGUGUAGACGUACGCGUGGACAAUCGUCAACGCUCCAACGUACCUACGCGUAUUUAUAUGCGUAUUGUGGGUACGUUACAGGCAUUAUGAUUACCUAUGUUGUAGUUAAACGAUGUGUAUAUUUUGUCAUUAUGCUAUUUGUGUUACUUGUUUGUGUACGUGUUCUAUGAUUCCACUAUAAUAUCAAGAAUAACGGGAACCGAAUUACAGCACAGUCAACAUUGUGGUCGCAUGUCCCAUAGUGGAUUACAACUAGAAGUGUAAAAAAAAAAGAAUGGUUGCAUGUUUGCACAGGAGUGACAUAGAAACGGAAAAACACUGUCCAUUUUAUGUAAAGGUGUUAUGGUCUAUAGCUUUCUACCAAGACACUUCGCUGUAAGUACAUAGAUCUACUGUAGGUCGUAAGCGUUUGGAAUUUGUUAUGGAAACAUGUUAGUUGUAGAUGUUGCUAGCUAUUGUUUCAUAGUCUGAUCCUAGAGAUGUUAUACUUAUGGCAUCUCAGUUUCUUCAAUAAACUUAGACACGAUA